GAGCACGGAGAAGAAGGAAAGCAAGCUGCAGAAAGAAGAAGAAGAAGUAGAAGAAGAAUUCAGCCGUUCUCCUCUCUUUUACCGUUUGUUAUCGUCGGAGAGCAUCCUGCUGGCACUACUCUUCCAGGCAAAGUUUUAUUUCUUCUGGGGGAAGCUAUGAUUGUUCGUCCCUGGGAUUGAGGAAUUGUGACAAACUUCAUGUGCUUGUUACACGGACAAUGAUGGCAGUGGGGGGCAGGCUGGUGCCUUGCAUGUGUGUGGGGCUGCUGGGCCUCCUGUGCUGGGUCUGGGUCUCCUUUGCCUCCUUUCCUGAAGCUCAGCUACCCCUGGAGCCCUUGGAUGCAGGGGACCGAGGAGCCUUCCAGCCCCAGAGUGCACUGUCAGACAUGGAGUUUGCCUCCAUCAGUUCAUACCGCGGCCCCGGUAACAAUGACUUCCGUAGCAACAAGGAGCUGCCUAUCCUCCUGUGGUGGAGCGCCGGGCUUUUCCCUCAUUUUCCUGGUGACACGGAGCGCAUUGACUGUGCCACUUCCUCCUGCCUGGUCACAAGCAACCGCAAGGUCCAGCUGUACAAGCGGACAGCAUCCAUCAUUUUCUAUGGGACAGACUUCCGGGCAUAUGAAGCGCCUCUCCCUCGUCUCCGUCACCAGACCUGGGCGCUGUUCCAUGAGGAAUCACCCAUGAAUAACUACAUCCUUUCCCAUGGGCCUGGAAUCCGACUGUUCAACUACACAGCCACGUUUCGCAGAGGCUCAGACUACCCUCUGACUCUGCAGUGGCUGCCGUCUCUGGACUACUUGCUGCAACCUGUAGCCGUGUCCCUCGAGAAGAAGAAUCAGUGGAGGAGGGAGGGCCUGGCUCCUGUCCUGUACAUGCAGUCCCACUGCGAUGUUCCCUCAGACAGAGACAGAUACGUCAAGGAGCUCAUGAAGUACAUCGAGGUGGACUCUUAUGGGAAAUGUUUGAACAACAAACCUCUCCCUGAACACCUUGAGGACACAGCCACUGCUACCGGCGAAGACGCCCACUUCAUGAGCUUUGUGGCACGCUACAAGUUUCACCUGGCUCUGGAAAAUGGCCUGUGCCCAGAUUACAUGACAGAGAAGUUGUGGCGCCCCAUGCACCAGGGUUGUGUGCCUGUCUAUCGAGGCUCCUUCGUGGUUAAAGACUGGAUGCCCAACGACCACUCUGUCAUCGUCAUAGACGACUUUGCCUCACCAAAAGAUCUAGCCAGCUUCCUGAAAUCUCUGGAUGAGAAUGAUGAUGAAUAUAUAAAGUAUUUAGAGUUUAAAAAGCCCAGCCAAAUCACCAACACUCGUUUGCUGGAGGCACUGAACACCCGCGAGUGGGGGGUUAAUGAUAUGAGCAAGCCCAACUACCUCAAUGGAUUUGAGUGUUAUGUGUGUGAUCAGGAGAAUGCUCGACUGGCAGUGGAACGGGCCUACAGGAAAGCCCCAAAGCAGAAUCCAGCCCCUCAACCUAAGAUGGCGAAUAACUCCCAUAUGGGGUGCCCUCUACCCAAACCAGGAUAUGGAGACAUCGAAGAUGUUCCUGCAGAUGACGGAUGGUUGCAAAUAUGGCCUCAGGAUUACUGGCAGAGCCUGGACCAAGCAGAGGGGCUGGAGUCUCUGAUAAGACAUAACGAGUCAGACCCCUCACUGCUGUGGCAGCACAUCCAGAACAUUGCUGUGAGGAGAGCCAGAGGAAAACACUGACACAGGCCUUGAGACAAAUGGAGGAUGGAACCCAUCCAGAACCACAAGGGUGUCCCUUAUUAUGCCCUUAGUGCAUCCCCUCUAUUUAAAAGAGGGAAAAAAGAAGCUUAAACUGCUCAUCUUUCCUUACAUGAGCCAAAAUUUCAAAACCCUACUGAGCAGUUUUUAGUUAUACUGUAACUGCCUCAGAUUUUGACAUUGCAUUCAGCUAACAUGACACUUAUUUCAUUUUCCCAGGUUAAGUAAUGGGAAUCAGAUGUUUUACAUUGUUAUAUCUAAAUGCUAAAAUUUUCCAAGGGGUUUGAGGUGCCAUCGUUGCCCUUGCUCCACCAGGCAUUGUUAAUAUUAACUGCAUGCAAGUGCAGUUAUUCCAGGGAGACACAUUUCCAGAAUUUCACUGAACUGGGCAGCUGCCAAAAACUUGUCCUCUGUGCCUGGCUGUGUGUGACGACCAUCAAGACCAUAGCCAAUGAACUGCUUUAUCGUCUUUACAGUUAUCAAGCCAAAGUUAUGUUUAGAUACAGCUAUUUAAGUGAUUAUUCAAAGAAAAUUUUAUUUGAGCCAGCAAUGGAGGAAAUAGCAGAUAACAUAUUUUUAAGCACAACUCACAAGCCCAUCUGUGCAGCAGCUUAUUGAAACUAGCUAGCGAAUGAAUUUCCUUGGCACAUACUCAUUAUUAUUGCCUGAAGAUAUUUGGAGAUUUUCUGUUACCUGACCCUAAGAUCAUCAUAUGUGCAAUAACUUUAAAUGUUAUGUUUUCCUUUGUUUUCCUGAGACUAGUGGUUUGAAACAAUGACAAUCUUGUAUACCUGUUAGCUUCCUGUCUUUUUAUCACGCACAAUAUGUAUACCAUGUUUAUGCAAAUCACUUUAUUUUUUAUUUUGUUAACAAAGCAUAAAUGAAUGUGAACACAGUAUUUUGUAUCAAGACAACAAUAUAAAAGUAACAUUU